AUGGAAAAAUGCCUUAUGUGUUCCAAAACCACAUUCCAGAUCGAGUCUCCGACCGACGAUUGUGAUAGAAGACUGAAAAAAUGCUUUGCGUUCAUGAAAAAGCGUGCUAAUGGCAAGCAUGUGAGCGAUGACGAGCGUGUGAAUAGUCAUGGAUAUAAAGGGCUCACAAAAACUUGCUCCUUCCUCCAUUUGCAACCUUCCCAUAAGAAGCUCACCACACUCACCACAGAAUAUUUAUUCGAAGUUCGGGUCGCAGAAGGUGACGGUGAAAAUGGCCAAACAAGAUGGAGCUCAGAAUUCUGGGAACCAAAUAAUUGGGACCCAGAGAAGGAUAUUGCGGAUUUCUGGUUGCGUAUGAAGAUGCCUUGGAUGAUCAGAAUGAUCAGUGAGCCCUUCGAAAUCCUUAUGGGACAUUUUUUAUGUCCACUGGAGAGGCCCGAGAAAUGCAACGAUAAGUGUCGUAUGCAGAGAAAUUCAAAAGACUUCAAACUUGUUGGGGAUGUCCAGCCAAUGGCUAUUUCCAUGGACUGCAAGUGUACGAGGGACAACCCACCGUCUCAGAAGUGGCAUGUGCGUUUGUAUAAACGUAAAUCAGAACGUUCAAUACGGGAAGACGAAGAGAAAGAACUUCUAAAAGAUCAUGAAAAGAUGCGAGAAAAUCAGAAGCAGAAGAAUACAAGUCCGAACGAAGAGGAGCUUCACACGAUUGAGGAAGAAAGAGAAGAAGUCACUGAGAACCGUGAAGGAGAACCGAGAAACGAUAAUUCUCUUGCAGGCAAUAACAUCCCGCCCCACGAUACAGGAGCACGCGAUUCAACGAUUCAGGAAAAUGCAGUGGGAUUAAACGAUGGUAAUCCUCAACCCCUCGAAGAUGAAAACAUUUCAGCAACUGCUUUUGCAGCCGGUGAAGACAUUAAUUCAGAAGAAGUUGAUGAUGGAAUUAGUCCAUGGGAGGGUACCCAGCCUCAAAACAGAAGAAAGAAUAUCAAUGACAGAAUUUGGUACUCGUAG